UGUGGCUGGGCGCUGGAGAAGGUCCGUUCCGUUCGCGCGCGCGCACGCACGCACUGGUAGCACGAGACUGCUGUGUGCGCGCGCGGCUGUUUGACUGCGAGGGAGAGGCGCGUACAGUCGCCUGUAGUAGAGGGGAAGGGAACUUUCUUCGCAAGGACUUUUUAAAAACAAAAUUUAAAGUUUCGACGACUUUAUUAUUUUAUGCCAAUUUCGUGAGGAGGACUUCGAGGGACGGGGUUACCGCGGCGUGGCAAAGAAAGAAAAAGAAGGAACAACACGUCACGAUUGACUUGGAGACCUAUGUCACUAUGUGUCCUGCGACGGCCAUGAACUUGGAACACAUGGAUAUAUGUGCAUCUUGACACAACCUACUGUGCUCACUGUUGGCAAGAUCAGCUGCGUUGUCUUGGAAGCUACAUCUGGACCCAGUAGGGUGGUUUGGCCUCAUCGGCACAUCCAUCUCCCUGCACAUCCCCACUUCGUCUUCCUGGCAAGUGUCCCAUCAGUCCACCAGGAUGCCUAUCCUCAAGCAGUUGGUGUCAGGCUCGUCCCAGUCGAAGCGACGCUCACGGGCUGACCUGACGGCAGAGAUGAUCAGCGCCCCACUGGGUGACUUCCGUCACACCAUGCACGUGGGGCGAGGCGGCGAUGCCUUUGGAGACACCUCCUUCCUCAGCACCCGUUCUGGAGAACCUGCCCGGGACGGAGGGUCACAUCCCAGCUCCCCCGGGUCCAAGCCGAGCCUGUUCCGCACAUUCCGUAGCAGCAAGCGCUCACAGUCUGUCACCCGGGCAGACAAGCAGGAGCCGGAGCCCCUGGCUACCAGCGAUGGGCCCACCUUUGUGAAGAAUGCUGUGUCCCUGCCUCACCUUGGUGAUGAGGGUGGCGAGAGGGGCGGUCGGGUGCCCAAGAGCCUGUCAUCCAGCCCGCUGAAGAAGCUUCCGGAGGCUGAGGGGCGGCCUGCCAAUGGGGCGGCAGGAGCGCUGGAGCUGGAGGAGCGAAACUUUGGUGAGCUCACAGACCUGCCUCCCGCCACCGGUGUUGCUCGCGGAGGUGGAGGAAUGAAGCAUGCAGAGUCCAUCAUGUCCUUCCACGUGGACCUGGGCCCAUCUAUGCUGGGGGACAUCUUGAGCGUGAUGGAGAAGAAGGCCUGGGAUGAAGAUGACCUUGGCUACGAGGAAGGCAAGAGCAGCGAGAGCUGUGCUUCUCCACCCUUUGGUCAUCAGGCAGAUGCUGACAAUGAUAACGAAGAGCUGGAGUUUCCACAGACUCCCAUCCGCCCACCUCGUGCAAAAGAUGCGCAGAACCACGAUCUGAGUCCCUAUACUCCCGAGACCAGAACCAGGCACCACCAGCAUCUGGACAGCUGCUCUGUCUCAAGCUCUGGCUCUGCCACCCUGGAAGAGAAACUGCCCGGCCAGCCACAGGUGGGCGACACGGACAGCAGCACUAAGUUCAGCUCACCGCGGGAAGACGACAAGGACUUCUCCUUCAUGGAUGAAGACGAGGAUGAAAUUCGAGUAUAAAAGAGGGUGGAAGACAAAACGUUGCAUUCUUUGCCCCCCCCCCCCCUUUUUUUUUUUUUUUAAAUGGCAAAGUUGAGCUAGUUAGGAUGGAAAAGAGGAGGCUGGAAGUCUAGUGUAGAGUGAUGGAACUGAGCUUAACCUCCAGUCCAUCAGCACCUUAGGGAACUUGUCCUCAUAUGUAGGAACACACUUUCUUCACAGUUUGUCAGCAGCAGUCAGAAUACAGUGACGAGUUCAGUGGGCCUCAUUUCGGGCAGCAUUAAACUGUGUGUCUUCCAUCAACGGGCAGAAUGAAGUGGAGGGAUAUGUGGCGCAAGGUGUUGGGGUGCACGCAUUGAUAUGACCUUGCUUUCUCCAUGUUGGGCUGUUACUGAGACUGGGAAGACCGUUGGGUUCAUCUAGACGCCGACUGUUUGAUCUGUCCAAGGCCAGGAUGGUUUGAGGAACAGCAGUGUAGAUGUGGCUUUUCCUCUAACUGGACAUGGACUCAAACUGGCCUCAUGAGCUUAGCCUCAGUUCAAGAGGCCCUGUUCUUGCUUCUGCCCUGGAUUACAGCGGCACUUCACCUCCAUGCCUUCAUUGGUCGUUCCGUGACUGGAACUCCAAGCAGUAAUGAACGAGAGUGGUCACGUUGGUCAAAGGCUCUGCAGAGACCACCACGGCUCGGACUCAUGGGAGCAGGGGCAGAGGAUGAAGGUCAGACUGAACGAGAGACAGGCCACCGGUCUGAGUUGAUUGAACACGAGUGAUCCAUAUAUGCCAGGGUCCUACGGACUCCAGCUGCCAACAUCUGUCCUUUGCCUUUCUACAUAAAUAAGGUCAUUUUAAUGUUGAUAAAUGUAUGUGUUAUUUGGUUAACAGUGGGAUCUUUGAAAGCAUUAACCUUGUCAAGAGUUCUCUUUUCUUCCAUUUGUCCAGUAGAACCUGAUGAGCAAUACUGAACAUGUACUGCAUUGUGAGAGAUGGUGUCCUUGGCCAGUUGUGGCUGGAUUGUCGUUAAGCAGCCAGUUACUACAUUCAAAGGGACCUAAGACUGAGCGAAGGCUGUAUGGAUUGUAAAAAUUUUUUUGUGGUUUUUUUCCUUUUUCCCCCCUGUUCUCCUUAUCUGCGGUACUUAAGACUGGUGUCUCCAGGCUCUCUUACAAGGGUUUUGGUUGUGUAUGAGGUAAAGCUGGGGACCGCUACCAAUACACUACACUGCCGACCAGCCGCUCCUUUCUGGGCUCGAACCUUGCCUGCCGUCAUCGACGUAGUGCUGGCGCUCUUCUCUAACACCCUAAAACACUAAUCUUUUGUACAACAUGUGUAGUUUAAUUUUCAGUAUCUUGUUGACUGACUCUUAAACGUGGCAUAUUUAGGAGCUCGAGAGGAGAUGUAUCUGUGGGUUGUAACGCAAGUUAAAGUGUGCAACUCGCAGCAUAGGUUUUAGUGCACAGAAUCACAGGUUUUGCUGGGCUUUUCUGUGGCGGGGGAUGCUGGGAAGGCUGACCUCUUGAUCACAGAGAGUGGAGGACUGGCACGUUUGAAGAGGGAAAGAGCCAAGUGGGAGGGCGAUGAGCGAUGCCAAAGUGAGAAUACCACCAGUAAAGGGUGCUGUCCCUCUUAAAGCCCCCUUGUGACAGCACUAAAGCUUUAGGAAGUAUGUGUCAGUGCCACCCCACUGACCACCACACCCAAACUAUUAAUAAAGCGCACUAAAAGUGGGGAGUACCAGCGAGGAGAGCAAGCAGGUGCCCCCUGUAGCUGUCCUCUGGAAAUGGUGCUCUGAGAAAUCAAGGUGCCAAAUCUUUAUGUGCUGCUGCUGCUGCCCCCCUGAAGUGAUCUUAUGGU